GGCCCCGCGCCCAACCGUCCAUGGAAGAGGAGCAGCCUCAGCCGUGUUGAGCCAACCUGGGCGCGGGUGGAACUUUACAGCCCCGGGAGCGACUGGGCUCCCAAAGGCUCCGUGCUCUGGAUUCCGGCUGCCUGCCUCCGAUAGCGUCGGCGCUGCCAACAACCACAGCAGCUUUCAGGACCUAAGGAGGGAGCCCAGGGCCAUGGAAACAGCAAGAGUUCUGGUUUCCAAACGUGCCAGAGGUGCCUGCGACGCGCGGCCUCCAGCUUGGAUAUCCCUCCGUGAUUUUCGGCUGUUUGAGAAUUUAUUUCGUCUUUUAGAACGCAGGAAAAUAACUACGGAGACACUAGGCACUGCCACGAAAUGCUUCCACUAGCAUCCUCAUUUUACUCCUGGAUAUCUAAGCAAGACCAUAAUAAUUCAGUCCAUGGGUCCCCAGCCCCCAAGCAGCUUCUGUGGCUGCGGGGAGCCUGGGUUCACUCGCCGGCUUCACCGGGAACCCUCUGACUUGGGGCCUGGCUGGCUGGAGGAAAGGGACUCGUUGGUGAAAAUUCUCCAGAAUGGAUACUUAAAGCAAAACAAAUAGCAAAGUAAUGACACGAAAGCCGUACUUAAAGAAAGAAAAAUCAACUCCAGUUAUAAAAGUGUAUGGAAUUUGACCUCGCCUCAGAGAAACACUACACAAAAGCUAUCUUUAAUAGACGCCUGUCAUUUAAGAGCGGCAGGGACACUGUCCCGCAUGCGCUCGCAAAAAACAGAGUCAUAAUUGUAGCUGCUGCUGCGGGCAGGAUUUAUUUCUCCAAUUGACUAAAUGGCCUCCCCUCUUCCCCGAAGGUGAUAUCUGUAUUUUAAAAUUUCAGAGCUGCCGGUACGACAGGCAGAACCGACCCCAACCUCGACACAAAAAUAAGGGGCUGCACAGCGGGAAAAUGAAGUUGUUGUAAAUAAAAUCCAAGUCACCAUCUCCCCCCCAGUCCUCUGCAUCCUCGCCGGGCGCGCGAUCGGCAGCUGACGGCCUCACAAUUGGUACAUCCUAAUGGAACUGCGAGGGAAAUGCAAUAAUUUUGCCAUAAUGGGCUGUAACCUCAAUUCGACCCCGGCCCUUGAAGCCCCGGGUCGGAAGCGGAGCGAUGCGCCCUGCCUCCAGCGGGUGGCGCUCGAGUCCGACUGAAAGGCAGUAGCGGGUGGCGGGCACGCGCCUGGGGCGCGCGCGCCACCCCUCUUGCCUCCACCCAACUCCCCCAUUAGUGCACGAGUUUACCUCUAGAGGUCAUCAGGCAGGAUUUACGACUGGACAACAAAAGCACGUGAUUCGAAGUCGUACCCCAUAUUUGGGUGCCUACGUAGGAGGGAACCAAGUACAUGUCCCAGUCAUUUCCAUAAUUCAUCAUAAAUUGUGCAAGGGUGCUAUAGACGCACAAACGACCGCGAGCCACAAAUCAAGCACACAUAUCAAAAAACAAAUGAGCUCUUAUUUUGUAAACUCAUUUUGCGGUCGCUAUCCAAAUGGCCCGGACUACCAGUUGCAUAAUUAUGGAGAUCAUAGUUCCGUGAGCGAGCAAUUCAGGGACUCGGCGAGCAUGCACUCCGGCAGGUACGGCUACGGCUACAAUGGCAUGGAUCUCAGCGUCGGCCGCUCGGGCUCUGGCCACUUUGGCUCCGGGGAGCGCGCCCGCAGCUACGGGGCCGGCGCCAACGCGGCGCCCGCCGAGCCCAGGUACAGCCAACCGGCCACGUCCACGCACUCGCCUCCGCCCGAUCCGCUGCCCUGUUCCGCAGUGGCCCCCUCGCCUGGCAGCGACAGCCACCACGGCGGGAAAAACUCCCUGGGCAACUCCAGCGGCGCCUCGGCUAACGCCGGCAGCACCCACAUCAGCAGCAGAGAGGGGGUUGGCACGGCGUCCGGACCCGAGGAGGACGCCCCCGCCAGCAGCGAGCAGGCGAGCGCGCAGAGCGAGCCGAGCCCGGCGCCGCCUGCCCAACCCCAGAUCUACCCCUGGAUGCGCAAGCUGCACAUAAGUCAUGACAACAUAGGCGGCCCGGAAGGCAAAAGGGCCCGAACGGCCUACACGCGUUACCAAACCCUGGAGCUGGAGAAGGAGUUCCACUUCAACCGCUACCUGACCCGCCGAAGAAGAAUUGAAAUAGCACAUGCUCUUUGCCUCUCCGAGAGACAAAUUAAAAUCUGGUUCCAAAACCGGAGAAUGAAGUGGAAAAAAGAUAAUAAGCUGAAAAGCAUGAGCAUGGCGGCGGCGGGAGGGGCCUUCCGUCCCUGAGUAUUUGAGCGUUUAAAGUACUGAGCAGUAUUAGCGGAUCCCGCCGUAAUGUCAGUACUAAGGUGACUUUCUGAAACUCCCUUGUGUUCCUUCUGUGAAGAAGCUCUGUUCUUGUUGCCCUAAUUCAUCUUUUAAUCAUAAGCCUGUUUAUUGCCAUUUAUAGCGCCUGUAUAAGUAGAUCUACUUUCUGUUCAUCUCUUUGUCUUGAAUGGCUUUGUCUUGAAAAAAAAAUAGAUGUUUUAACUUAUUUAUAUGAAGCAAGCUGUGUUACUUGAAGUAACUAUAACAAAAAA